AGUUAACCCUUUCGAUGCGGGCGAGGGAAGGGGCGGGAUGCGGUUGCCGCGCCCGCGUUUUGCUUUCAGCCCAGCUGCCUUCUGCCCUCCCCGCCGCGCCGCCGCCGCCAUGGCUCAGCUCCGAGCCUCUUCCUCGUCGGUCACCACCUUUGACUAUCUGGUGCUGGGGGGCGGCUCGGGCGGGUUGGCCAGUGCCCGGCGCGCCGCGCAGCUGGGAGCCCGGGCUGCUGUGGUUGAAAGAGGACGGCUUGGAGGCACCUGCGUGAAUGUUGGAUGUGUACCUAAAAAGGUGAUGUGGAAUACUGCUGUCCACUCUGAAUUCAUCCAUGAUCAUAUGGAUUAUGGUUUUAAAAUAGCUGAUGUGAAGUUUAAUUGGCAAACAAUUAAAGCAAAGCGCGAUGCUUAUGUGAAGAAACUGAAUGAGAUCUAUCAAAAUAAUUUGAAUAAGGACCACGUGGAGACCAUUCAUGGCCAUGCAUCAUUUCUAUCUGAUCCUGAACCUACAAUUGAAGUUGAUGGCAAAAAAUACAGAGCACCUCACAUACUGGUUGCUACUGGUGGACGGCCUGCAAUUCCCAGUGAAAGUGAGAUACCAGGAGCCAACUUGGGAAUCACUAGUGAUGGCUUCUUUGAACUUGAAGAGUUGCCUAAGCGUAGUGUUGUUGUUGGUGCUGGAUAUAUAGCUGUUGAAUUAGCUGGUAUUCUUUCAGCUUUAGGCUCCAAGACAUCCUUAUUGAUACGUUAUAAUGAGGUGCUGAGAAAUUUUGAUUCAAUGAUCAGUUCAAACUGCACUCAGGAAUUGGAACAUAGUGGAAUAGAAGUCUGGAAACAUUCCAAGAUCCAAUCAGUUACAAAAUCAGCUUCAGGACUCUUGGCAAUAACUGUCACAUCCUCUCCUCCUAAUCAAAAACCCACCGUGAACACUAUUGAGAAUGUUGAUUGUCUCUUGUGGGCCAUUGGUAGAAAGCCCAAUACUGAGGAGCUAAACCUUGACCAAUUAAAUAUUAAGGUAGACAAGAAAGGUCAUAUUAUUGUUGAUGAGUUCCAAAAUACCAGCAGAAAGGGGACCUAUGCUGUUGGAGAUGUAUGUGGGAAAGCACUCCUCACACCAGUUGCAAUUGCAGCUGGAAGGAAACUGGCACAUAGGCUUUUUGAAAAUAAAAAAGAUUUCAAACUUGACUAUACCAACAUUCCUACUGUGGUUUUCAGUCAUCCACCUAUUGGAACAGUGGGACUAACAGAAGCGGAGGCCAUAAAUGCAUAUGGAAGAGAGAAUGUGAAAAUUUAUUUAACUUCCUUUGUCCCAAUAUACCAUGCAAUAACGGAAAGGAAAACAAAAUGUGUGAUGAAACUGGUGUGUGCCACUAAGCAGGAAAAGGUGGUAGGACUUCACAUGCAAGGUUUGGGAUGUGAUGAAAUGCUCCAAGGGUUUGCAGUAGCUGUCAAAAUGGGAGCAACAAAGGCCGACUUUGAUCAGACUGUGGCUAUUCAUCCAACUUCUGCAGAAGAACUUGUUACACUUCGUUAAACUGUACAUAAUCUUUUCUCACUGUGAAAGAAGUACCAUUUUUGAUAAAAUCAUGCAGAUCAA